CGAAAGCGAAAACAAAAACUUGAUUUGAGUCACGUGAUCCCGUCAGUCACAAAAUUGAACAAAAAUAGGGAUUUUACAGUACUGAAAGAGGUAACCCAAAUUCGAUUUCUCCCUCUCCCCUACGCCUUUCCAAAAUGGGCCGAGAAGGAGAUUGGGAGUGUAGUGGUUGCCGUAACAAGAACUACGCAUUCAGAUGCUUCUGCAAUAGAUGUAAACAGCCUCGUCUCCUUGUUGACUAUAAAACCCCAUCUGAUUCCAAAUGGCUUCCUCGUAUUGGCGAUUGGAUCUGUACCGGUUGCACUAACAACAAUUAUGCAUCAAGAGAAAAGUGCAAAAAAUGUGGACAACCAAAGGAGGUAGCAGCAAUGCCAGCAAUUGCAAUCCCUGGAGCAUCUCUCCCAACUCAUCCAAAUUAUUUUGCCAGGGCACAAGGAGGACUGGAACAAAGGUUGAACAUUGGGUUUUUAGGACAUGGAGCUCUCCAACAGCAACUUCCCUUGAACUCUAACUGGUCUUUAGGGGAGGCUGGUAAAUACGAAAGCCAGCCUGCUGAUCGGUAUAGACUGCUGCAAACUCCUGGAGUUCCAUAUGCAAGCCAAACGAAUCAGCUGCUUCCAGUUCCAAAUGGAUGGCGCAAUGGUGACUGGCUCUGCAGUUGUGGCUUUCACAACUACUCUUCUCGUGCUCAGUGCAAAAAAUGCAAUGCUUCUGCACCUCCAGCUUCAUCGUCUUCUCUUGCCAGUACCCCUAUUGCAGCUCUUGGUACAAAGCGAUUAGCAUCUGAGGAGCUUGUUCAUGAUUGGGACAACAAGAGGCUGAAUGCAGGGCGUGUAAGGAACCAUCUUCUGACAUUUGGGUAUCAGCAAGGCUAUCCAGGAGCAGAAAUGAUGGGUUUGUCAGGGGGAAAUCAAUUUACUUCUAUCUCGUCAACCUUCCCUAGAGAAAAUUCGAUGGUGCUUCCUUUGCAAGCCAACCUGCAGAUUCCUCGUGUACCAGCAGCACAGGCACUCAUUGGCAAAGGGGCAAAGCAAUGGCGUGAUGGGGACUGGAUGUGCACAAAUUGCAAUAAUCAUAAUUAUGCAUCUCGAUCAAAUUGUAAUAGGUGCAAAAGUGAGAGACGUGACAGCUCAACCUGUUGGUGUUGCAUAGUACCUUAGUAUCACCGGCUUGAAUUUGUUGUAGCUUCACAAGUUAUUAUGUUGUGUAGUUUUGGCAGAUUUGGUAGAACAUCGAAUGAGGUCCAUUGAUUGACAUGGUGUAAAUUGAUUGUUUUACCGGUUUUGUUUCAGGAGAACAAUGUACACGAUAGAAUAGUAUCCAUAUGUUCUCCGUUUUAUCAUUCAACUGUUUCUUUAAAUACUCUCAGACUCAACUUGAGUUGUCUGAUAUUUUAUAUUGAAUUGUCUGUUUUCCUGGUGAAA